GCACAGUGGGACUUUAACUUUACAUGCAGGCUGUAUGCUGGAAGGCAGUCCCCCCCCACCCCAGCCCAACUCCAUUUACAUGCAUAGCUGGCCUGGUAGGUGUAAAAAUAGCCAGCAGCGCCUGAAUUGGAAAUGGUCACUGACUGCUGCCUGCAGUUGCUGCUGGGGUUUUGGGUUCUCCGUGCCGACAGUACUCCCGCGCCCUCGGCUGUCCCGCGGGAGCGCUGGGCACCCUCUGCGGCGUGAGGGCAGCCCCGCUUGUAGGAGGGGACGGGGAACUGCUAUGGGCAAUGCACCCCUCUGCCAGUCGUGUCACUCGGAUAAGGGCGUGAGAGCGCCGGGGAACUUACAGGACUUGGAUAAAACCCCGGAUUAUUAUGGAUGCAACAGCGAAGAAAGUAAAGACCCCCAAGCCCUGUCUGACAGCAAUGCAAGCUUUCUCCGAGCUGCCAGAGCUGGCAAUCUGGACAAAGUAGUGGAAUACCUGAAAAGUGGAAUAGACAUUAAUACAUGUAAUCAGAAUGGACUCAAUGCUCUGCACCUGGCAGCUAAAGAAGGCCAUGUGGGACUGGUACAAGAAUUAUUGGAAAGAGGGUCGGCCGUGGAUUCUGCCACUAAGAAAGGGAAUACAGCCCUACACAUUGCAUCCUUAGCAGGACAAGCUGAAGUUGUCAAAGUUCUGGUUAAGGAAGGAGCCAAUAUUAAUGCACAGUCUCAGAAUGGCUUCACUCCAUUAUACAUGGCAGCUCAAGAGAACCACAUUGAAGUGGUGAAAUAUCUCCUGGAGAAUGGAGCCAACCAAAGCACAGCUACUGAGGAUGGUUUCACUCCCUUAGCUGUUGCACUGCAACAAGGACACAAUCAGGCAGUGGCUAUCCUGCUGGAAAACGACACCAAGGGGAAAGUGAGACUACCAGCCUUGCAUAUUGCCGCUAGAAAAGACGACACCAAAUCAGCAGCGCUCUUACUGCAGAACGACCACAAUGCCGAUGUGCAGUCCAAGAGUGGCUUUACACCUUUGCACAUAGCUGCGCACUAUGGAAAUGUCAAUGUGGCAACGCUUCUGCUAAACAGAGGAGCUGCAGUCGAUUUCACAGCAAGGAAUGGAAUCACCCCACUGCAUGUGGCUUCCAAAAGGGGAAACACAAACAUGGUGAAGCUCUUGUUGGAUCGCGGAGGGCAGAUCGAUGCCAAAACCAGGGAUGGACUCACCCCACUCCACUGUGCUGCAAGAAGUGGACAUGACCAGGUUGUGGAACUGCUUCUGGAACGAGGUGCCCCACUGCUUGCAAGGACCAAGAAUGGGCUCUCCCCACUUCACAUGGCGGCCCAGGGGGACCACGUGGAAUGUGUCAAACAUCUCCUCCAGCACAAAGCUCCCGUGGACGAUGUCACCUUGGACUACCUGACCGCCCUCCACGUGGCCGCACACUGUGGCCACUAUCGUGUCACCAAGCUCCUUCUGGACAAGAGAGCAAAUCCCAAUGCUCGUGCCCUGAAUGGUUUUACUCCACUGCACAUUGCCUGCAAGAAAAAUCGCAUCAAAGUCAUGGAACUCCUGGUGAAAUAUGGGGCUUCAAUCCAGGCUAUAACAGAGUCGGGCCUCACACCAAUACAUGUGGCUGCAUUUAUGGGCCACUUGAACAUAGUCCUCCUUCUGCUGCAGAACGGAGCCUCUCCCGAUGUCACUAACAUUCGUGGAGAAACGGCGCUGCACAUGGCAGCACGUGCUGGGCAGGUGGAAGUAGUUCGUUGUCUCCUCAGAAACGGGGCGCUGGUUGAUGCCCGAGCCAGGGAAGAACAGACUCCACUGCACAUUGCCUCUCGCUUGGGUAAAACGGAGAUUGUCCAGCUUCUGCUACAGCACAUGGCCCACCCUGAUGCUGCAACGACUAAUGGAUACACUCCACUGCACAUCUCUGCCAGAGAGGGACAAGUUGAUGUUGCAUCAGUUCUCCUAGAGGCAGGGGCCUCACACUCCAUGUCCACCAAAAAGGGAUUCACACCCUUACAUGUGGCGGCCAAAUAUGGAAGCCUGGAAGUGGCAAAACUCCUUCUGCAACGUCGCGCCUCUCCCGAUUCAGCUGGCAAGAACGGCCUCACGCCCCUCCACGUGGCGGCCCAUUACGACAACCAGAAGGUGGCUCUGCUGCUGCUGGAGAAGGGCGCCUCACCCCACGCGACCGCCAAGAAUGGAUACACCCCUCUGCACAUUGCUGCCAAGAAAAAUCAGAUGCAGAUAGCUACCACUCUACUGAACUACGGGGCUGAGACCAACAUUUUGACCAAACAGGGAGUGACCCCACUUCAUUUGGCCUCCCAAGAAGGUCACACUGACAUGGUGACCUUGCUUUUGGAGAAAGGAUCCAAUAUCCAUGUGGCAACAAAGACCGGGCUGACAUCCUUACACCUUGCAGCUCAAGAGGAUAAAGUGAAUGUUGCCGAAAUACUCACAAAACAUGGUGCAAACCAAGAUGCUCAGACAAAGCUCGGUUACACACCUUUAAUCGUCGCAUGUCACUAUGGAAACAUCAAAAUGGUGAAUUUUCUUCUCAAGCAGGGAGCAAAUGUUAAUGCUAAAACAAAGAAUGGGUACACCCCUCUCCACCAAGCUGCUCAGCAAGGCCACACUCACAUCAUCAAUGUUCUUCUCCAACACGGGGCCAAGCCCAACGCCAUCACCACUAAUGGUAACACUGCCUUAGCUAUUGCUAGGCGUCUGGGAUAUAUCUCAGUGGUCGAUACGCUGAAGGUUGUAACGGAGGAGAUUACUACCACCACAACUACUGUAACAGAGAAGCACAAGCUAAAUGUACCUGAAACAAUGACUGAGAUUCUGGAUGUUUCAGAUGAGGAAGGUGAUGAUACAAUGACAGGAGAUGGAGGAGAGUACCUUAGGCCAGAAGACCUCAAAGAACUCGGAGAUGACUCUUUACCAAGCAGCCAGUUCUUAGAUGGUAUGAACUACCUGAGGUACAGCUUGGAAGGAGGGCGAUCUGACAGCCUGCGGUCCUUCAGUUCAGACAGGUCUCACACGCUGAGCCAUGCCUCCUACCUGAGGGACAGUGCCAUGAUCGAUGACACGGUUGUAAUUCCCAGCCAGCAGGUAACAACUCUGGCCAAAGAAGUUGAGAAGAAUUCAUAUCGCUUAAGCUGGGGCCCUGAAAACUUGGACAAUGUGGCUCUUUCUUCCAGCCCUAUUCAUUCAGGCUUCCUAGUUAGUUUCAUGGUGGAUGCUCGUGGGGGUGCCAUGCGAGGUUGCAGACAUAAUGGACUACGAAUUAUUAUUCCUCCACGGAAAUGCACUGCUCCAACACGCGUGACCUGCCGGCUGGUGAAACGCCACCGACUGGCCACCAUGCCUCCCAUGGUGGAAGGUGAAGGUCUGGCCAGCCGCCUGAUUGAAGUUGGACCGUCUGGUGCUCAGUUUCUUGGGCCUGUGAUUGUGGAGAUUCCCCAUUUUGCUGCUCUGCGUGGGAAAGAGAGAGAGCUGGUGAUCCUGCGCAGUGAGAAUGGGGACAGCUGGAAGGAACAUUUCUGUGAAUACACUGAGGAUGAACUGAAUGAAAUCUUGAAUGGAAUGGAUGAAGUCCUUGACACGCCAGAGGAACUUGAGAAGAAACGCAUCUGCCGCAUCAUCACCCGAGAUUUUCCUCAGUACUUUGCAGUGGUAUCCCGGAUCAAACAGGACAGCAACCUUAUUGGACCCGAGGGAGGUGUGCUUAGCAGCACGGUGGUACCACAAGUGCAGGCAGUCUUCCCAGAAGGGGCUCUAACCAAACGAAUUCGUGUUGGCCUCCAGGCUCAACCUAUGCAUACUGAACUUAUAAAGAAGAUUUUGGGCAACAAGGCUACCUUCAGUCCUAUAGUCACGCUGGAGCCCAGAAGAAGGAAGUUCCAUAAACCCAUCACGAUGACAAUUCCUGUCCCUAAAGCCUCCAGUGAUGGGAUCAUGAAUGGUUAUGGAGGUGACGCUCCCACUUUAAGGUUACUGUGCAGCAUAACAGGAGGAACCACCCCUGCCCAAUGGGAAGACAUCACUGGAACAACACCACUCACAUUUGUUAAUGAAUGUGUUUCCUUCACGACAAACGUGUCUGCCAGAUUUUGGUUGAUAGACUGUCGACAGACACAAGAAUCUGUUACUUUUGCUUCCCAAGUAUACAGAGAGAUUAUCUGUGUUCCCUACAUGGCCAAAUUUGUGGUAUUUGCCAAAUCACAUGAUCCCAUUGAAGCACGGUUAAGAUGUUUUUGCAUGACAGACGACAAGGUGGAUAAAACUCUAGAACAACAAGAAAAUUUUGCUGAAGUUGCCAGAAGCAGAGAUGUAGAGGUAUUAGAAGGAAAACCCAUCUAUGUUGACUGUUUUGGCAAUUUGGUGCCAUUAACAAAGAGUGGGCAACAUCAUAUAUUCAGUUUUUUUGCCUUCAAAGAAAACAGACUUCCCCUGUUCGUUAAGGUGCGAGAUACCACUCAAGAACCCUGUGGACGGUUAUCAUUCAUGAAGGAGCCCAAAUCUACAAGAGGUCUUGUUCAUCAAGCCAUAUGUAAUUUAAACAUCACUUUACCUGUUUACACAAAGGAAUCAGAAUCAGACCAAGAACAAGAAGAAGAGGUUGAUAUGACUUCAGAAAAAAAUGACGAGACAGAAUCUACAGAAACAUCUAUCCUGAAAAGCCAUCUGGUUAAUGAAGUCCCUGUACUAGCCAGUCCAGACUUGUUGUCUGAAGUGUCUGAGAUGAAACAAGAUUUGAUCAAAAUGACUGCCAUCUUGACAACUGACUCUUCUGAUAAAUCAGGCUCAAUUAAAGUGAAAGAUCUUGGAAAACCCACUGAAGAAGAGCCAGGAGAGCCUUUUGAAAUAGUUGAAAGGGUGAAAGAAGACUUAGAAAAAGUAAAUGAAAUUCUUAGGGGUGGGUCCUACACCAGAGAAGAGCAUGCUAUGCAGAAGUCCCUUUCCAGACAAGAAUUUGUAGAAGAAGAAUGGGUCAUUGUCAGCGAUGAAGAAAUUGAAGAGGCCAGAAGAAAUGCUCCUUUAGAAGUCACUGAACCUACCUCUGUGGAAGUUGGGAUAGACAAAGAGACAAAAGAGACAGAGAAGAAAGACAUGACAGGAAUGGUAGAUUACCUUAGUGAGGAUUUAAAAACAUACGUUUCUCUUCAUGAGGUACAACCGCAAGCCUUACAAGAAGACUUAGUAGAAGAGAGAUUUGAAGCUGUAGUAAUAAGCAGGGAUUCUGAAAAAGGAGGACAAGAAUCUCCAACAAUUGAGACACUAAGCCCUCAGGAGCAACACAAGCCAGCCUUAGAAAUUAAAAAGCCAGUUAGAACUAAACUGAGAGAUAAGCAAAAACAAAAGGAAAGCAAGGUGCAAAGCAAAGAAGAAAAAUCAGGACUAAUGAAGAGCAGUUCAGAUGAGUCACUACAUGAGGAGGAUCAAGGCUUAACACUGGCAGCUGCUCCUGAGGCUAAAGCUGUAUCCCCUGUCAUAGAGGAAACUCCUAUUGGCUCAAUAAAAGAUAAAGUUAAAGCUCUUCAGAAAAGAGUGGAAGAUGAACAAAAAGUACGUUCAAAACUACCUGUCAGAAUUCAAACAAGAGAAGGCACUGCAGAAAAGGCUUCUAAAAAAACAGUACCAGUCAAAAAGCCAGUUGCACACAAAGCACAACCUCCUGUUUCACCUUCUUCUAAGACUGAGAGACUUGAAGAGACCAUGUCAGUUCGUGAGCUGAUGAAAGCCUUCCAGUCGGGUCAAGACCCAUCCAAGAAUAUAUCUGGACUCUUUGAGCACAAAUCUGUCAAACAAAAGCAACAGCCCCCUGAGAAGGAAACAACUCGGAAAAAAACAGUUUCUUCACAAAGUGAAACAAAGCGAGUAACAAGCCACAAGACAGACAAACCAAAGGACAAACAAAGCACUACAGUAAAAGCAGAGAAAGAGCCACAAUCAAAAAAAGGAAGAAUGCAAAUUUCUACUGUUGAAAUUACCAAGAAAGCUGUAAGUAAAGAUCAGGUAAAACAGCAGAGCUGCAAAAAAACAACAGCUGAGCCUCUCUCUCCAGUAUUUGUUGAUCAAAGUGCCAAAGAUUCAGCAGUUGUGAAGGGCAGGACUUCUGAUGACCAAGCAGAUACUGACUUUCAGAUCAGCCCUGACAGAAAAACCUCAACAGACUUUUCUGAUGUCAUUAAAGAAGAACUUGAGGAUAAUGACAAAUAUCAACAAUUCCGACAUCUUUCAGCGACAGAGGAAGGCGAGCUUAACUUGGAGCAAGUACUGACCAGUCCUUUCAACGUUGCUUUCCCCACAGAGUAUGUAAAAGAUGGAUUCCUUCCUGCUCUUUCUCUGCAAAGUGCUGCUUUUGAUGGGAGCUCAGAGAGCCUUAAACAUGAAGGUGUGGCUGAUUCUCCAGGUAGCCUACUCGAUGGAACUCCUCAGAUCAGCUCUGAGGAAAGUUAUAAGCAUGAGGGGCUGGCAGAGACUCCAGAAACGAGCCCUGAAAGCCUUUCCUUCUCACCAAAGAAAACUGAUGGGAAAAUUGAAGAAGCUAAAGGAGCAGCUAGAGCACACAGAACUGCAGAAACAUGUUCUCCGAAGGAACUCUCUCCAAAGGAAGAUGAAAAAGAUCAACAGGAUGAUCAGGAAAGGACAGAGGAAAGACUGGCCCACAUUGCUGAUCACCUUGGAUUCAGUUGGACAGAGCUAGCAAGAGAACUGGAUUUCACAGAAGAGCAAAUUCAUCAAAUCAGGAUUGAAAAUCCUAAUUCACUUCAAGACCAGAGCCAUGCACUCCUCAAGUACUGGCUUGAAAGGGAUGGGAAACAUGCAACAGAUACAAAUCUUACCCAGUGUCUUACAAAAAUCAACCGAAUGGAUAUUGUUCACCUAAUGGAGACCAGCGGCAUAGACUCCAUGCAAGUCCACGGAACUCGCACGUAUGCGGAAAUUGAACAAACAAUAGGAUUGGACCAUAGUGAAGGGUUUUCUGCACUACAAGAGGAACUGUUCAGUUCAAGACAUAAGCAAGAACAACAGCACAGAAUAUCUAAAGACAGUGACCCAACUGAACACCCUCCUAUUGUCUCCGAGGAAGACGUAUCUGUUAGUUUCUCUCCUUUCCAGGACAGCACUCCCAGGAGUGAGGCAGAACUGUCAAUGGCUGAGCUCCUGAGACAAGCACACAAGGAACAAGUAGAAUCUGAAUUCUCAGGGAAACCCCAGGAUGUGCCAGAAAAAACAUCUGCUUCACAACAUGAGUAUUUUGUCACAACUCCAGGAACAGAGCAGUCUGCAGCACCAGAAACUGGAAAGGCAGCAAGUGAAAAAUCUGCAUGCUUCAGCGUGGCAAAGGAAGAGAGAGAAAAAUCAUGCCCACGUUCCCCAUCAUCUUCGCAGAGUGGUGAAUCUCCCAUCAUCCAAGAGCCCGAGGAGCCUGAGCUCCAUCAGGAUGACGUCUCUCCAAGGAGAACUAGUCUAGUGAUAGUGGAGUCAACUGAUGAACAGCUAGAAAAGCUUGGAAGUGGCUACGAGGAGGAAUCUUUGGAAAAGGAGCUAGCAGAGGAGUUAGGCGAGCUGGAGACCAGCUCGGACGAGGACGAGAUGGUAACUACCAGGGUCAUUCGUCGCCGGGUGAUUAUUCAGGCUGAUAGCAUGCCUGAAAUGCCACCAGAAACAGUCACAGAAGAGCAAUAUACAGAUGAACAUGGCCAGACAGUGGUAAAGAAGGUCACUAGAAAGAUCAUCCGGCGAUAUGUUUCUCCAGAUGGCACAGAAAAAGAAGACAUCAUAAUGCAAGGAACACCACAAAAACCUGUCACUGUUGAAGAAGGAGAUGGCUAUUCCAAAGUUGUAAAACGGGUUGUGCUGAAGAGUGACAGUGAACAGUCAGAGGUGACUUUGUCUGAACCUGGUGUUUUGCCCAGUGCCUCCAAUUUCCAGUCUGAACCAGUGGAAGGCCGCAAGGUCAGCAAAGUCAUAAAGACAACUGUAGUGCAAGGAGAGAGAACAGAAAAACACCUAGGAGAUGCUAGCUUAGCUACUGAUCUUCCGUCAGCCAAAGAGGACUUUGAAGAGGACAACGCUGAGUAAAGCCAGCACACAGAAGAGGACUGUGAUGAAGGAUCAGUAUGGAAAACACGUUCAUAUAGAAGAACUGGAUGACACACCAGAAGCACUACCACAGGAUGACCUCCAACACGACCUCCAGCAGCUUCUUAGACACUUCUGCAAAGAGGACUGGAAACAGGAUGCUAAAUGAGAAGCUGCCACCCCUCAACACCACCACAUAACCAUCCAUCCAGUAUGCAACGUCCAUCUUCUCUAGGUGUAGACAUUGUUAUCUACAUAAUCACUGGAAGACACUACUGCCAUUUCUACUUGUGCAGAUGCAGUGAAUUCAUUUUUUCCCCCGUAUUUGAUUUCGUUUUUUUUUUUUUUUUUUUUUUUUUUUUUUAACCCUGUAAGCUAAUUUGUGACCAAAGAUAGCAUCCUUCAUUCAGGAUGAUUUAUCCACCGAACCGUCGUCUUUGUGCUGUACUGGGAAUUUGUCAGCAUUGCCACUUUUUGCUGGUCCUUUGCUUCUGCACUAGCUUCAUGAAACUGCAUUUGUCAAGCCAACUUCAUCUACAGGCCUCUUCAAGUGACUAUGUACAUGCAUCAUGAAAAAAGGGAGUUAACAUGUAAACUGUAUAUAGCAAGAGUAUUUGGACUUACAAGACUGCAGAAAACACACUGCCUCUGAAUACAAUUAGCAUCAUGGAUUACAAGGUCUAUUGACACUGCUGAACAGCAAUUAUUAAAAUAAUGUUAACACUACGAACACAGACUGACUGAGGAGGAAGCACUGCAGAUCCACUGCAUCCAUAAGACUUCCAGUUUAGGGAUCUAUCAUAGUUAAAGGCUCUAAGAGUCAGGCUAAAAACCUGGAAAUUCAGCUGUUCUCCUGAAGUAACAGCUGACUGUGGCCAUUGAUACUUUUAAGACCUUUGGACAGCCACUUAAAGAUUUCCAGAAAAAGAAAAAAAAAAAUUAAAAAUACCCGAUUAGGUAACCAACUUGCUAGCAGCUAUAUCUAUGGCACAUUUGCAUACGGUAUUAAAAUCUUUUAGAUCUCGACAUGUGCCAGGGUGUAUUAAACAAUUAUAACUACAGUAGUUUCUUGUUUUCAUCACUGCUUUAGCAAACCACACUGUCCUGCUGGCCACUGCACUGUAGAUAACUAUGGGAGAAAGACUUAACCACUAUACAAAGAGAAUAAUUAAUUCACCAUAUUUUAUCAAGAUUGCCUCUUAUCCGACAAAUACAUGUGGCAUUUGAAGGUCAAAACCAAACCCUCCUGUAAUCAUGUCAGCUUGUUGGCCCUCUUAGCACUGAGCGAGCAGUUUUUAUCCUCCAAUCAAGCGUUUUUUUUAAAGAGAAAGCUCACAAUCCUUGAAAGCCAGUUUCUGUUCCUAUUUUGUUACCUAUCUAUAAUAUAUAUAUUUCUAAACCAACCCUCUGAAAACCACGAUAGCAUAUCUGCACUUUUAUUUUCAAAAAAAAAAGGAAACAAAGAGCUGACAUUUUUGGUAUUCUAUACCUUAAUAUUUAGUGGCGGGCACUCUAUAGUGUUUUAGCAUAUGUAACACGCACACAAACAAACACACUAAAUGUUUUUAAACAGCUAUUUGUUUUUCUUUUUUAAAUAGUAUACUCAAGAACAGAUUAAAAACAAAUCCUCUACUGUAGGGGGUAAGAGUUUUCCAAGUUUAUCAGGCCUUCUGUGAUUAUAGUUUGCUUGGUUGUUUUUUAUGACUCACUCAGUGCUCAGAACAAGGGCACUUCUCAUUAAGAUAAUGAUGCCAAAAGCAUGAAAACAUCUUGGGAGUUCUGGCUUCCAGCAGGCAAAGCAACCCGAGGUGCCAUGCUAACAUUUUUUUUUAGCAGGCAGAAAAAAAAAAAGUGUUUUGGUAGCCAAAAUGAACGAGACCCAUGAUGAGACAUUUCACAAUACAUCAUGGCUUUCUUAUUGUCAAAGACAGCACAGGAUGAUCUACAAGAAUGGGGCUCUAAAGAAAUGCAUUUCUGUUGUGUUAUUUGCGGUGCAGAUGAUGUUCUGUGUAACAACAUAAUGGUUAUUCACCUCUUAUUUUGAUUUUUUGCUGUGUUAUCAAAGAACUUGAAUACUGUGAGAAGAAGUGAAUUUUAAGUUGACGAAUCAGCAUCUUGUUCCCAUGGUGAUAACACUAAUUGAAUAUAUCUAUGAGGGCAUGUAUUAGUUAAAAAUUAAAAAAAAACACUAACAAUACAUAGCUGCAAUGUGUACAAUGGCUGAUUUAACUAAAUAAAAAUGUACAAGUGUUAAAUGUA